AUGGCUCCUUCGCCGGCACCCCACGAGAGGACCGCUCCCUCUGCAGCUUCUGAAAUGCCCGCCCCGGCUCCUCCCGCCAGGACUGUUGCUGCUACCACCUCCACAACUGCUGCCGCUGCUGGCAACUCGCCCUCGUCCCAACGGACCGGUCCCAUUGCCCUCUCGGCACCUAACGCUUCUACUACCACCACUACCACACGUGUUCGCAGUAAGAAUGGGCCACCACCUCCCAAGAUUGUGGUGAAGAAAGAGCCUGGCUCUCCUACCAUGCCUAACUCGCGCCCCCGUCCCUCGAGACUUGAUCUCUCCAAGACGACGCUGUCCAAGAACGCCAACGGGUCCCAAUCUGCGCGUCCACUUACAGCACGCGACCCUGUCAGCAUCCAGGAGAUGGGCAUUCACUGCCUCUCCCCAGGCUUCGUCACCGACGACCCCACGAUGAAGAACCACAUCCAGCGCAGCAUGUCUGUGCGUGAACAGCAGCGUCACAUCAUCGAGGCAAGACUGCACCAGCAAUCAGCCAAGGGCGACAGCACUACCGACGGCAACAGGGAAUCUGACCUAAACUUUGCCGCCAAGACACCUGGUAUGUCGCGUAGGAAUAAGGCCCCGCCCGGUCUGUCUAUUGUAGCGCCCUCGCACACGCAGUUUUCCAAAGAGAGGGUCAUUCAGUCGGCACCUCUGGGCCACAGCUUCACUGGUCGCCAGGAGCCCGUGCCUGCAACUCGGCACUUUGCCAGUCAAGCUGCGCACCUGUCCAAUUCCACGCAUAUCCACCUCACGCCAGCCAACCAGACGGACAACCGCUUGCCACCUAUCAGCGAUGUCUUCGGUCAGGGCCUGUCGGCACACCAUGACAAUGUGCCGCAUACGGCCUACCCCACCGCUGGUGGCCGGGGCAUGCCGGUCUCCCCCAGCUAUCCACCCACAGCGUCCACAGCGCAGCAGAUCCCCGGAAGGAGUAGAGAGUACAAGUCAGCCGAGGAAGCCCAGCAGGACUUGGCUGGCGGACGCCCGGAGCUUCUACCCAAGCUCGUACACUACGGCGUCCACCAGCCGCCGACUCCACCCUCUCCAGCCCCGGGAAGCCGCAGUACGGGCAAGAGGCGGACACGUGCCGAGUACGAGGACGGAGCCAGCCCUCCCUUGGGCCACGGCCCCGCAACCUCUAGGCGAGGCCCCUUUGGUGCGGGCCGCGACAGUCCCGAGACUCAACGUCAAAAGCGUGACGAGUUCCUCAAGCUCUGCGAGAGGGCAUGGGAUCUCUUCCACUCCUGA